AUGGUUUUCGCAAAAAGUGCCCAGCCCCUGACGAAACUUUUUCCGAAUAACAUGAAGUUUGAGUUCUCUGAUGGCUGCAAGGCUGCGUUCCCAAAUGACCGAUUGAUAAACUUUCCAAAAAUACGUGCCCCCGGCUGGAAUCACCCCUUUGAGGUGAUGUGCGAUGCUAGCAAUCAUGCUGUAAGGGCAGUAUUAAGUCAGAAAAUCCAAGGGGAGAGUUACAUUUCCCUCUACGUGUCAGAAACAUUGAAUCGGGGACAAAGGAACUAUGAUGCGACCGAAAAGGAAGUGCUAUCAGUAGUCUUUGCAUUUGGAAAGUUUGGACGAUACCUACUUGGUUCCAGGGAGUUUGAAUGGGAAGUAGUGGAUAAGAAAAGAUGUGAGGACAGAGAGGUGAAUCACCUGCGCCGAAUUCUGCGAGAAGGAAACAAGGAAACCAUUCCAGCCGAUUUCUCUGAAGGGCACAUGCAUCUAAUCAAGUCACUAUCUGAAGAACAGCGGAUCUGCCAGGAAGGGAAAAUUGAUCAAAGCAAACAGAGAAGCUGGGGACAACACGCACAGAAAAGGGCAGUGUUUGCAGAUAUGGCCGCCUACUUGGUAGCAAGCGAGUUGACAGGAAGGGACGGAAUGGAGGCGUUUGUAGUGGGCGACAUUCCACUACUAAUGCCUAGCUCGCACCAAUGA